AACACAUUUUCAUAUUUUUUUUAUUCGAAUAUAAUAGUGGCUCGAAGUGUUAUUGAGGAAUACAAAGUUUCUUUUGUAGAAAUAAAUAAAUUUCGGUCUUUGAUUUGUAUUGAUUUUGCGAAAAUUAUUAUUCUUACGCGUUUGUGAUAAUCAACAUUCAGUCAAAAUAAUAAAAUGCCUAGAGGAAAAUAUGUCAAUCACAAAGGUAGAAGUCGUCACUUCACCAGUUUCGAGGAGUUGGAAGAGGAGCGCAAAAAUAAACUAAAGAAACAGCAAGAAAGAGGUGACGAUGAAGAUAGCUCGGAGGAAGAAGAAGAGGAUAAGUCUAGCGAUGACGGUAGUGACGAAUCAGACAGUGAUGAAAGCGAAGACGAAAACAAAAAAGCCAAAGGAGUGUCCGGUCUAAUUGAAAUUGAGAAUCCAAAUCGAGUUCAAAAGAAAUCGGCCGAAAAGGUAACGAAAGUGAAUACAGCCGGACCGUCGAAGCCAGAAUUGUCGCGACGUGAACGGGAAGAAUUGGAAAAACAGAGAGCACAAGCCAAUUACCAGAAAUUGCAUGCGGAGGGCAAAACUGAUCAGGCUCGCGCUGAUUUGGCACGAUUAGCUAUAAUUAAACAACAUAGAGCCGAGGCAGCUGCACGACGAGAGGCUGAAAAGAAAGAGAAGGAAGAAAAGAGCAAGAAAACAUAGUAGGAACUGAUGCGGCAAUACUCGAUGGCAAUUGAUAAAAGAAUUGGUUCAUGCUGGAUGCGAAUCCUGUUUUGUUUGAAUUUCAAUUAUUUCUACAUCAUCCUAACAAAUUUUUAUAUACGAAACGAACGAGGGAAAUGAAUUCAUGAAAUUAAAUUAAUUCAUUUGUUUCAACUGAA